AUGGCUACCAGUGGCUCGGCUUACUCUGUUGACCAAGAAAUCGCUGAUUUCUUCCAGAAGACGACAGCCACUCGCUCCGCCUGUGACAGCUUUGCGAGGGCGCAUGUUGGUGGCGACGUCGUUCCGGUACCGGUGCAGGGUGUGUGUAGCUGUACCGUCUAUGCCGGAGACAAUGCCGAAUUCGUCGUGCAAUUUCGCCUUGCGUCCCUCCAACUAAGUAUGAAGAUUGCGAAACUCGCUCGAAGUAUCUAUGGCCAGUUUGCACCUCAAGUGACCGUUUUAGGUCAGAUUGGAGAAGUUACCGAGAACAAAGAAGCACUUUAUAUAUCUGUCAUAAGCCGACUACGAGGCAUUAGUUACUUGGAUUUGAUCCUGGCGUAUAACAGUCUACGCAAGAAUAUUAUAAAUAAUAUCACGAAGUAUACUUACCUAGCGUUGACGUAUAGCGAUAACUUACAUAGUCGUUAUAAAAACGACCUAGAUUUAUUACUUGCUUCUCUUCUAGGCCGCUUCUACCUAUUAAUCAGGGAGUCUCUUAACUCAUUAUCCGCUAUAUUUUCUCUUCCUAUAGUACUAGUCCAUAAAGACUUUGGCGUCUGUAAUAUUAUCGUGAACGAAACGUCUUGCAAUAUAGUCAGGGCAAGUAAUUUUAGUGUGGAAGCUAGAGGACUAGAUGAUAACACAAUCAGAGCCAUCAAAGCAGCUAGAAUUGUAGGACUACUACUGUCUCGUGGCUUCACAAGUCGUGUUAUAAAUAGGCCGGAACCAGUGCCUAUUCGGGAUGAUGAAAGUGGAGCUUAUAACAUGCAUGAUCUGGAUGGG